CCCGGAAGUGUUGAUGCUAAAUCAGAGCAGGCAGCUAUGAGCUACGCACUGUAGGACUGUCUGUGGUUGACCUGCGGAGGUGUGUUGAUGACAAAUCUGCCCAAACUGUGAGUGACUUUAUGAUUGUACCUGUGCUGCGGCGGACCUCACCUGACGCUGAUUAAACCACACCUGGGAGUUUGGUUGAGGCCAAAGCCUAGCUAGUGUUUGGCUGGGUUCGAAUAUGGCUCUGUCAUUCCUUUUGGUCUUGGCUGCAACUGUGAUUCUUAUCAGACCCGAGACUCCUGUGACGAAGGCUUUACAUCAGAACUCACUUGAGUGCUGUGGCGAGAAGCAGAGAGUGAACAAUUCAUGUUCAAAUGACACCCACUGUGAACCAGGAUGCUUCUUGCGUGUCCUUGAGAACAGCAACACUGUUUGCAUUUUCUGUGACUCCGCAGCUGUGGAUUUGGAGAACAUCACAGUCUGCACCUACAACUACACAGUGGAGAGGAAAAACCACACAACUGUAACUACUGUCAUUCCGAAAAUCGGGGGGCCAGGCGUGGCAGCCUCUCUUCUCCUGGGAACACUGUUGAUCAGCCUGUUCCUGAUCCUCUCUGUUGCCUCCUUUUUCUACCUCAAACGCUCCAACCGACUCCCGAGCAUCUUCUACCGCCGCAACAAAGCCUUCAUAUUCCAACCAAGUGAGACAGCUGUCAUGAUCCCCUCCUCAACAGUGCGGAAGCCAAGAUAUGUCAGAAGGGAGCGGCCGACUGCAACUUCACCAGUGAAUAAUGACACGGCGCCCACCACAUCCACCACGCAGGUCUUUAAUGUGUAGGAGGAGCAGGGACAGGUAGAAGAGAAAGCUCAGGAACGAUGUUAGAUUUUUAUUAUCAUGUGAAGGCUUGGCGGUGCGGAGAACGACCAGGUGACUCAUAUUUAACUGUAGCUGCUUCUGCUGCUUUCUUGUCACUAGGGCUGUUACUUGUGAUUUUGAGUAGUAUCCAGUAACUAUCCUGCCACUCUUCAUGUCACGGUCUCUGACGUAUUCCUUUUAUAUUCUGUUUUUUUCCC